CCCACCAAAGCAUUUCUUACCAAACCAAAAUCAAAGUACCAAAUAACUCUCGGCUUCUCGUCUCUCCCCUCCAUUUCCCUUCUUGUUUCAAGGAUCAAAGGCCCCAAAAAACCAAAAAAAAAAAAAGCUAAAUGGAAGCGUCUUCGAGGCCGAGCGCGAAUCCGAAUUUCCUUGUAUCUCCUAAAAGCCACAGUCCGAACAGCAGCACCAGCAGCACAAGCAGCAGCAACACCUGCACCAAGCCGCCACCGCCAACUCCGCCAGCUCAACAGCCCAAACCCAUCAACAGAUCCGAUUCCGCCAACCCGUACCCGACAACCUUCGUCGAAGCCGACACUUCAUCUUUCAAACAAGUUGUCCAGAUGCUUACGGGAUCCUCCGAGACCGCCAAGCUUGCUUCCUCCACCAAACCAACUCCCUCCCCUCAAUCCGACUCGAACCCGAAAACCCACAUCCCUCCCAUCAAAUCGAUCCCCAAAAACAAGCAAAAUUCUGGGUUUAGACUUUACGAGCGAAGGAGCUCUCUCAAGAAUGUCAAGAUCAACCCAUUGAACCCGGUUUUUAGCCCCAAUAAUUCCGGAUUUUCGGCCCGAAAACAGGAAAUACUUUCCCCCAGCAUUCUUGACUUCCCGUCUUUGGCUCUUAGCCCGGUUACUCCCUUGAUACCCGACCCGUUUGACCGAUCUGGGCUUGGAAAUUGCUCGAAUUGUUUUAAUAAUAAUGCGAAUCUAGACAAGGAAGCUGAAGAGAAGGCAAUUAAAGAGAAGGGUUUUUAUUUGCAUCCAUCACCGGUAUCUACGCCGCGAGAUUCGGAGCCUAGGCUUCUCCCACUUUUUCCAAUUACUUCACCUAGAUUAUCAGGCUCUUCUACUUCUUGAAAUUAAAAAAAAAAAUCAUUUAGUUUUUCUUUUUUGCUUUUUGAUGUUGUUGUUGUUGUUGUUGUAAGAUUUUCAUAUAUUGCUGGGGCACUGAACAUGAGGAAUGGGAAAGGAAGGGGAAAAAACGAGACAAGAUUUGUAAUGAUGGAUACUUCAAGUGGAAUGAAGAGAAAAUCGUUGUUUCAA